UUACUUUCAUUAUCAUCACCGAGGGAAGUAGUCACAGGUUACUGAAGGCCAGGAGCUUCACUUACAGUAACACCUGCACUUUGAUCUGAUCUCAGGCAACUUUUUUUUUUUUAAAGCGCCAGAGAUCAGAUCAGUUGUGACGCAAGCUUUUAUCUCUGGAAGGAUACGCACGGAAGUGAACUUUUCUUCUUCAGGUGAUCCACAAUUGACGCUGAGAACGCAGGGGGAGGCUUUCCACGGCAACAGGAGCUAUGGCGACGGCGAUUCUCGAAGAAAUAUCGCUGCUCUGGCCGGACGCUGAGUUUCAUUGACUACAGGAGCUCACAGGACGGUUAGCCGGGCAGUCAUGUCACCCUUCAGCUGAUCACCGACCCCAAGCCGAGAAAGAAGAGGGUCAGUCUUCUUAACCACUGUAUUUGCAUAUGUUACCCCCCAUGGAGUGGGACCCAGCAGAUGGAGGCCUGGAUCUGCUGGCGGACGAGCCUCCUCUCGCCUUGCAAUCUCUUCAGUCAAAGCCCAGAACGAGCAACAUCUCAGAGAAUGAGUUCUCGUGCCACUGUUGCUACGACAUCUUGGUCAACCCAACCACCCUGACCUGCGGCCACAACUUCUGCCGCCACUGCCUGGCUCUGUGGUGGGAGUCUUCACGCAAGAACGAAUGCCCAGAGUGCCGGCAGAUGUGGGAAGGCUUUCCUAAGAUCAACAUAAUGCUAAGGGAUGCAAUUGAGAAGAUUUUCCGAGAGGUUGUACACAGGAGGAGAGCAGAGAUAAAGAAAAACCCUCAAGUCUCCCGGAGCUUGUUGGCUUUUCAGAGGUAUGGUGACAAGUUGGGUAGACCCAGGACAAGGCAGUAUAAAGGAGCAGGUUUCUUCUCUGGAGUCUUAACUGCACUGACAUGUGUGGCUGUGAUGGUGCUGGUGUACCACUGGGGCAGCGGAGUAUUGGAGCAGCACGACUUGUUGAUUAGUAAACCGGUGUCUCAUUGGACACCAGAAGAGGUCAUUUCAUGGCUGGAGCAGCUGGGCCCGUGGACCGAGAACUACAGAAAACUUUUCCAGGUGGAGAAUGUCAAUGGAAGGUUACUUUUGAUGCUGGAAGACGAAGAUCUGGUAAAACCGCCGUUCAACAUAGAGAAGCAGACACACAGACGUGCUGUUUUAGCAGAACUGGAGCGAGUUAAAGCGCUGGGGGUCAAACCUCCGCAGAACCUCUGGGAAUACAAAGCGGCCAAUGCAGGAAAAUCUCUGUUCUUGCUGUACGGACUGAAACACUCCCCUCGUCUCACCAUUUUUUAUUUGUAUUUAUUCGAUUAUUCUGAGACGUUUCUGCCCUUCCUGCACACCUGCUGUCCGGCCAUCACACACAUCAACAACACCGUGGAGAGCCGAUUCCUCCACACACAGGUGGAGCCCAGCUGGCAGCAGUGGGGGGAGUUUCUCGUCAAGUACUUCUUGCUUCCAUACCAGCUGAUCGCGGAGUUCGCCUGGGACUGGUUGGCGGUCCACUACUGGACGUCCCGCUUCAUUAUCGUCAACGCCAUGCUGCUCACUAUGCUGGAGGCUUUCUCUCUGUGGAGGCUCUGGACCACGGCCCCAGUCAGGACUCUGCCACAGAAGACGUGGAUCCACCUGUGCAAGAUGCUCUAUCUGGGAUUCGCCUUUGCCCUAGUGUGGUCUUUUAUCCCACAGUUUGUGUGCAACUGCUUUUUUUACUGGGCCCUCUACUUCAGUCCCAUCAUUAACAUAGACCUAGUGGUGCAGCAGCUGAUGCACCCUGAGACACGGGCCCGAUAACAGACUGCAUAUGUCAGUGCCUACGCUAUGCUGUAGAGUUGACAGCAACAUAAAUAAAGCCCCGUCUGAAGUCCAAGUUGCAGGACUGGAAGGUUCUUUUUGGGGGGGUUUUAGUUCCAUAAUCUCAGAUGAGUGUUUCUCAUCUAAUGUUUGAAAGGUUUUCUGUCUUCCUGUCUUUAGUCUUUGCAGUUUGGAACAAGAGGGACUCCAAGCCGUUUUUGGAGAAACAACUGAUCACUGCUGCGAUAUCUGGACGUCUUCUGCGUAUUAAAAACCACAAUGCCUAUUGGAUCCCAGUGACAAUACCACGAAGGGACGUCAGGACUGAACACUGUUUGUAUUAAAGAGUUGAGCAUGACUAGCCCUAUGGUCACUGUUGAGGACUCAAAACAAGAUUUUUUUUUCUUUUCAUUAUGAUUCUUUGACUUCUGUAGUCGAAGACUUUUGUUGCCGAGCUUCUAAUCAUUGAGGAAAUGCACAACUACUUCAUCAAGAUCAAAAUAUUUUAUUUGAAUUUUCAGUUACUCUGGUCCACUUGCUACAAAUCUAUCCCAAAACUCCAUAUUAUGAGAUUUGGUGAAAUUAUGUGGUGUUAACUAUUGCAGUUUAUAGUUUAGCAUUUGCUCUGCUCAGAGUUUUCAACAAUCUGUUGAAGGCUUCUUUAGCAGAUUGCUGUGCUGCAAGGUCUGUAACACUGAAUUUAAAGAUAAAAUCUUGAAAUUUGUUGAGAUGCUGAUGGAAAUUGUUAUUUUAAAAUGUUUAAUAUGCUUUUUUUUAGUUGCCUAUACUGCUGAUAAAUACAGUUGCACAUCUUUGAUUGUUCAAAGAAAAAAUGUUGCAGUGUCUUUUUCCAUUUUUUUUAAUUGUUGGACCAAGCCAAUUAAAGAAUUAUUAGGUUGUUGUUGUUUUUUUUACUAAGUUUAUUUGCACUUAAAAAUUUGACACUGUGACUGAGCUCUUUUAUGUUCUCGAAUGAAUAAAAUAGUUUUUUUUAAGGCA